AUGGGGUUCUACAAGAAGGCGGGCGGCUACGGCAAGAAGGACUACGCGGCGAUCUUCGGGCCGCAGUACAACGGGCCCAAGAUCGACUACGUCAUCAUGCGGGGCCCCCGCCUGGGCAGGCCGAGGAACGGCGAGCAGCGCACCAUACCGAAGCUCAGCGGCGGCUCCUUCGACAAGCGCAAGGACAUCAUGAAGUGCCUGACGACCGCGGUGAUCAAGCACGGGCGCGUAAAAUCGACCUACGCUAGGGCGCUCGCCGUGCAGAGCUUCAUCGACAGGAUGAUCGUUCUGGCGAAACGCGGCGACGACCUGUCCCGGCGCGAGGCCGAGGAAUGGAUGAUCGACUCGGGCUUGGUCGAGAACCUCUUCAAGUUGGCGCCAGAGCGCUACAGCGACAAGUUCAAGGACUUCACGCAGGUCACCCGCACGAUGCCCAAGAGAGGUGCGGAGAUGGCGUACAUUGAGCUCGUGUGA